GGUGACUCUUAUACAUUUGUCUAGUUUGUAAACUUCUAUAACCUGGAUUCAUCAAGCCUUGAUGAAACCGUCCGAUUUUUGAGAAAUAUAGACAGGACAAAUUCUAUUAUCAGAGUGAUUCUUUUAUUUUUUAUUAUUUCUAAUGAAGUACUUGGCAGCAUUCCAGUCCCCAUCCACCUUUUUAAAUUUUUGAUUUCCUUUGCUUUGCCAUGACCUUUUGCUAGACCCUCCCGUCCCUGCCUCCACAGGAAGAAAGGCUGAAUUUUAACAUUCUUUUUUUCCAAAUUGCUGUCAUGAAUUGGGGCCGAUCCCUUUGCAUCAUUGAUUUUUGGAGGCAAAUGCUGGCUCGGCCUCUGAAGGAUCUAUGAACUGAUGAGAAGCUAGUUUUAUCUUUGCAGUACAUAAGAUAAGAUGGUUUCUAACCCUGCCACUAUACUCCAGAGUCACCCCCAUUUAAAGAUAAUGUCAAAUAAUUAAAUCAAACAAAUGUUUUGAAUUUUCUCAAUCAAAUACUUCCACCUUUGUCCCCUCAAAAGCCUACCUGAAUAUUGGAUCCAUUUCCCCCCAUGAUUUUGUUGAGACCUGGAGCUGUGGAGUUGUUCAAACGGUUAAAGGUCAUCUUAUUUUGUGCUAGAGGGGGGUUGUGGAGUGGGGAGGAGCAUCAGGGAAGCGACAAACUUCCCCGCUCUGUCGCUCCAGCCCUCGCGCGCUUGCUAAGGAUCGGUGGAGUGUGCGCGCUCAGAGUUGUCUUUCUGACAUUGUAAUGCUCUUUUUUUGUGUGUUCUCCUGUGCACGUUGUGCUCGACUGGCCCACUAAUUGGGAAAGGCAGUGUAGUCAACGCUACCAUUGUUUGACUCCUCUUAAUGGUACUGGUAAUUUCAAAAGAGCAAAGUGCCAAUAUAAGUGGCCAUCUAGUGUCAGACAUACGACUCCUAAUCUGCACUCCACCUCCUGCGUCAGAUGCUCAUUUAGAAAGACAGGACUGCGCAGCAACAGCGAUGACUUCUUUAUUCCAGAGCUGUGGAGGAUUCUAGAUUGAAAUAAAUAACACCACAGAGUUUUCUCCCUACCUCAUUGGCCAGGAUUCAAGAAAGCAAGGCAAGAAAAUAUUUUAAAUACUUUGAAAGUGUUAAAGACAAAACUGAUGUAUAAGAUCAAUGAAUAUUAACUUCCCUUCUCUCCUCAAAUAUGUAAUAUUAUUCCCAAUGAAUGGAUCAGUUCAUGUGGGCAAGGUCAAGCCAGUAACUGCCCUCCACGAGUUCUGUUUGCAAAUUCAAUUCAAUUGCUAAUUGAGUGCCUUGAGACAUCAAUGCCUUUCUUCCCUCACAGCUUCCUUUAAGCCAUUACUUUUGUCUUAUUUUAGAGGAAACGGUCAUUGCAUGGAUGAAUUUCAGAAGUGAUUUUAUGUUUGUUGUCCAUUUUUAAAGGCAAAUGUAUUGUUUGAUAACUUACUAACGAUCUUGUUUUCUGAUUUUGUCUCUUUUGGUUUUUCCACGACUGAUAUUGUUAUUUAGAAGGUUUCAGGUGGGUGACACUAUUCCUGCGUAGGUGCCCGGUGGAAAGGAACUCUAGGGCAGCCUCAGUCUUCUCCUCUUCUUCCAGCCAGCCGCGGCCACCACUCUGACAAAGUCCAAAAAUAUGGCUUGUUACCUGAAAGCCAUCGAGACUCAGCCAAACUUUGCUGUGGCUUGGAGCAACUUGGGUUGUGUGUUUAACGCCCAGGGAGAGAUAUGGCUCGCUAUACACCAUUUUGAAAAGGCGGUGACUCUGGAUCCGAAUUUCCUUGAUGCAUACAUUAAUUUAGGAAAUGUUCUGAAAGAGGCUCGUAUUUUUGACAGGGCUGUGGCGGGAUACCUGCGCGCCCUCAGUUUGAGCCCCAACCAUGCAGUAGUUCAUGGAAACCUGGCAUGUGUCUACUACGAGCAGGGGCUCAUUGACCUGGCAAUUGACACGUACCGCAGAGCAAUCGAACUGCAGCCUCAUUUUCCUGACGCCUACUGCAAUCUGGCCAAUGCCUUGAAGGAGAAAGGCAAUGUGUCUGAAGCUGAGGAGUGCUACAACACCGCUUUACGUCUGUGUCCAACUCACGCAGACUCGCUCAAUAACCUGGCUAACAUCAAGCGGGAACAGGGCAACAUUGAGGAGGCAGUUCAACUCUACAGGAAAGCCCUCGAGGUGUUCCCAGAAUUUGCUGCGGCUCAUUCUAACCUUGCUAGCGUCCUCCAGCAGCAGGGAAAACUCCAGGAAGCCCUCAUGCACUACAAAGAAGCAAUCAGGAUCAGCCCCACGUUUGCUGAUGCCUACUCUAACAUGGGCAACACACUGAAGGAAAUGCAAGACGUGCAAGGGGCCCUGCAGUGUUACACCCGUGCCAUUCAGAUCAAUCCUGCUUUUGCUGAUGCUCACAGUAACUUGGCCUCAAUUCACAAGGAUUCUGGAAACAUCCCAGAAGCCAUUGCAUCUUACCGCACAGCCUUGAAACUCAAGCCUGAUUUCCCUGAUGCAUAUUGUAACUUGGCCCACUGCCUUCAGAUUGUGUGUGACUGGACGGACUAUGACGAGCGGAUGAAGAAGCUGGUCAGUAUUGUGGCCGACCAGUUGGACAAGAACCGCCUCCCUUCAGUUCACCCUCACCACAGCAUGCUGUAUCCACUUUCACACGGCUUCCGCAAGGCUAUUGCUGAACGCCAUGGAAACCUUUGCCUGGACAAGGUACACGCACAGAUCAAAAUCAAUGCUCUGCACAAACCUCCUUUUGAACAUCCCAAGGACCUGAAGGCCAGCAACGGACGUCUGAGGGUUGGUUAUGUCAGCUCUGACUUUGGCAACCACCCAACUUCCCACUUGAUGCAGUCCAUUCCUGGAAUGCAUAAUCCAGAGAAGUUUGAGGUCUUCUGCUAUGCACUGAGUCCUGAUGACAACACCAACUUUAGAGUGAAAGUCGUUGCAGAGGCUCACCAUUUCACAGACCUCUCCCAGAUUCCCUGCAAUGGAAAGGCAGCUGACCGUAUCCACCAAGAUGGAGUCCACAUUCUCAUCAACAUGAAUGGAUACACCAAAGGAGCUAGGAAUGAGUUGUUUGCCCUGCGACCUGCUCCCAUCCAGGCUAUGUGGCUGGGCUACCCCGGAACCAGUGGGGCUCCAUUUAUGGACUACAUCAUCUCUGACAAGGAAACCUCUCCUGUUGAAGUGGCCGAGCAAUAUUCUGAGAAACUUGCCUUCAUGCCCAACACCUUCUUCAUUGGUGAUCACGCCAACAUGUUUCCUCACCUGAAGAAAAAAGCUGUUAUUGAUUUCAAAUCCAAUGGACACAUCUUUGACAAUCGCAUCGUCCUCAACGGCAUCGAUCUGAAAGCUUUCCUGGACAGCCUGCCGGACGUCAAAGUAAUGAAGAUGAAGUGCGACAACAACCAGGAGCCUGUUGGCGAAAACAAUGGGGCGCUCUCCAUGCCUGUCAUCCCCAUGAACACUGCUGCUGAGGCCAUCAUCAACAUGAUCAACCAGGGACAAAUCCAGGUCACCAUCAACAGCUUCACCGUCAGCAACGGCUUGGCCACCACGCAGAUCAACAACAAAGCGGCCACUGGAGAGGAAGUGCCGCGCACCAUCGUCGUGACGACGCGCUCCCAGUAUGGCCUCCCUGAAGAUUCCAUAGUCUACUGCAACUUCAACCAGCUGUACAAGAUCGACCCUCCAACCCUGCAGAUGUGGGCCAAUAUCCUCAAGCGCGUGCCCAAUAGUGUUCUGUGGCUUCUGCGCUUCCCGGCAGUGGGCGAGCCCAACAUCCAGCAGUACGCUCAGAACAUGGGCCUCCCUGCCUCUCGUGUCAUCUUCUCUCCUGUGGCUCCCAAGGAGGAGCACGUGAGGAGGGGUCAGCUGGCUGACGUGUGCCUGGACACCCCUCUGUGCAAUGGGCACACCACAGGCAUGGAUGUACUGUGGGCAGGAACCCCGAUGGUCACCAUGCCAGGUGAAACUCUGGCCUCCCGCGUGGCAGCCUCCCAGCUCAGCUGCUUAGGCUGCCCUGAGCUCAUCGCCCAAAGCCGCCAGGACUACGAAGACAUCGCGGUCAAACUUGGCUCUGACAUGGAAUACCUGAAGAUGAUUCGCUCGAGGGUGUGGAAGCAGCGGAUCUGCAGUCCUCUGUUCAACACCAAACAGUACACAAUGGACCUGGAGCGGCUCUACCUGCAGAUGUGGGAUCACCACAGCAAAGGCAGCAAGCCAGAACACAUUUUCAAAGUGCAAACAGUGGAGAGCAGUGAGAGCACCUGAACUCACCCACACUGACUCCUUCCCUGCCUCCCUUCCUGUCCUCACCAUUUUAAAUUGUCCACCCUGAAGAGCCCCCCCAUUGGCUCGAGACGCUAGCGUAAACCAGUUUGACGGAGUCUGCCCAAGCUCACACCCACUUCAGUCACCGGUGGAUCGUACGUUUGAUUUCCCAAGCUUGCAGUCGCGUUCCACUUUGUCUGAGGCUUCAGUGUACUUGUCAGCAUGGGAGGGUUUGAACCGCCCUCGUUCUUCAGUGCUUGAUUUUGGAUCUUCUCCUGUCCUGCUUCUGUGUCUGCAGGACCAAUUGUGGCUAAUGAAGAGAACACUCUGCCCUGUCCAUCUGCUUAGAAAUGGAUACACUUGUUCUUGUGUUUGAAAAGUGUUUCACCAAACUGAACAGUGGCUGACUCAUGCCCCUCCCAGCACCUGUCACGCCACUUCACUCCGGAUCUAAAGUCAUGCCCAUGUACAUACAGAAGAGUAGCCACCUGUAAAUUCUCUCAGUUGUGGAACCUUCUCACUGACUGCUGUCCACGUCAGUGUUGCACUGUUUGUCGAGAAAUACUGGAUAGCGGAUCUUUGGACUGUGGCCAAAUUGUGCUACCAAAACCAAACACACAUUCAUUUGCUUUGAUCACUCUGUCAAAGGUUUGCUCUAGGUAAGUAUUUUUUUUUUGUAUCGUCUGUCAACUCUUGCUCUCAUUGUGCCCACAAGGCUCAGAAUAAACUGACAUGUCUUAAA